AUGGCCGCUACCAACCCCAUCUCCAUAUCCCUCCUCCACAACUACGGCGGCACGUCCGACGUAACGCGCGCAGGUGUAUUCGCUGGGUUCGCCGGAAUAGCAUGCUACAACGCCGUCGAGCUGGUCAUCCUCUGCCUGUUCUCUUUCAAACGUCGCAAUAGCACCUACUUCUGGAGUCUACUCAUCGCCUCUUUCUGCAUCAUCCCCUACACUAUCGGUUUCGCCCUUAUCUUCUUCCCGACAGCCGCCACACCCUGGCUAAGCAUAAGCAUCGUCUUGCCGAGCUGGUAUGGAAUGGUCACCGGUCAAUCGGUUGUGCUGUGGUCGCGACUGCAUCUGGUGCUGCAGAAUCGGAAGGUGUUGCGCGGUGUGCUGUGGAUGAUCUGUAUCGAUGCUGUCAUCUUCCAUCUGCCAACCUCGGUUAUAAUUUAUGGGACGAUUGCUCAUCCGACGGGGCCAUGGGCCCUCGGGUACGAUAUCAUGGAGCGUAUUGAGCUGGUUGGGUUUUGUGUACAGGAGUUUAUUAUUUCCAGUAUUUACGUCUGGGAAACCAUCAAAUUACUCCGUCUCAGGCCCGAAGGUCGUCACUUUGGGAUUCUUAACCAGUUGCUGGUUAUCAAUAUCAUCAUUGUUCUAUUGGAUAUCUCUGUCGUCGUCAUCGAAUACGUCGGCUACUAUGCCAUCCAGGUCACGUUCAAGCCUGUCGCUUACAGCAUCAAGUUAAAGCUUGAAUAUGCGAUCCUGGGUAAAUUGAUCGCGGUUGCGCGCGGUCGCAGUCACAGUCGGGAAUUGCAUUCCAGUGAGCGUGAGAUCAACGAAGUUAGCUCAUUUCCUUCGGAUGCAGAUCGGCUUUCAAAUAUGUUGUCACCGAUGCAGGUUCGUCGGCAGUACACUCCACCAUGGCUUUCCGGAGCGAUCAGCUUCGGCUUUUCUUCUUCAUCUACUUCAUCUACUUCAUCUCCUGUUAUGCGGGAUCCAUGA